CGUGACCGACGACUCACUACUUCCUUAUUUUAACAGUUUAAGGAGUUAUAUAGUAACUUUAUCUUUGGAUUGAACGCUUCAUCGACGCGUUUCAUGCCAUAGUGAAUGAUAGAGAGGUCACUGACCUGCACUCCUGCAGGCUUUACCCCGGAUACACAUAUCCAACCUGUACACUGAUUUAAAGGCUGCUAGAAAAGACAAGAAAUACACAUGAGCACCAGAUUGCAGCGUAUUAAAGAUCAUAUUUUAUCAGCAAAUCAGUGUUCAGAAAUGAGCGCUCUGCCGCCGAGCCCCCUCACCACUCAUGUGCUGAACACUGGCCGGGGUAUACCAGCUGCCGGCAUGAGCAUCACUCUGUACUUCCUGGAUCCUACGACGCCAGCUUGGAACCAUCUAACAACAGGAACUACUAACAAUGAUGGACGAUGUCCAGGUCUCAUCACUAGAGAAGCCUUCAGUCCUGGUACCUAUAAGAUGCGCUUUGAGACUGGACAGUACUGGGAGGGACUGGGGGAGACUUGCUUCUACCCGUACGUUGAGAUUGUCUUCACCAUCACGGAUGCUUCUCAGAAAUUCCACAUCCCACUGCUCCUGAGUCGCUUUUCGUACAGCACCUACAGAGGAAGUUAACAAGUGCAGGGACCAAACUGAUUCACACGGAUCUGCCUGAUCCUGAUGUCUGGCUCAAGCUCAUCUACACAGGAAAAAUAACUGUUACAGGUCACUUAAACGUAGCUCAGUUGUAUGAAAAUACCCGAUAUAAAAGUGAAUAUAAAACUACAGGUCCUGAAGUAAAAUUUAUGUUUCAGCUGAUGUGACAGGAUGGAAAAUGUUACAUAACAAAAUAAACUAUACAUUAAAGCAGGGGUUCCCAAACUUUUCCAGGGCAAGGCCCCCCGAAUGGCAUUAACAUUUGACCGAGGCCCCCCUUUUGCAAGAUGUCUUUAAAACACAUUAAAAAUACAGACUUCUGAAUAUACCCCCUUUUUUUAUACAUAUAAACAUUUUUUUAUACAUACCCUUACAUAUUUACAUUACAUUACAUUAGGAAAUUAGGAAACACAUAAUGAUUGUGUGUGUGUGUGGUUGUCAGAGUGAGAAUUUAUUUUUCACACCAAAUUGUUGAGGCCCCCCGGGCGCCCCCUGGCUUUGAAAACCACUGCAUUAAAGAACAAAAUUGCAAAUACCACAGUAGGUUUUUAUCUCCAUCCUCACAGUCUAAGGGCUUUUGUGUUUGAAGCUUUCGGGUUAAAUCACAGUACCAAUGUAAUUUCUGUACGUAUUCUGGAGAAUGAAAUAGCAUUUAUUAAAUAAACUUAGCAAACUUAA